AUGGCUUCCCCAAUACUAUUUGUCAAGAAGAAAAACGGGAAAUUACGCAUGUGUGUAGACUAUCGACGGUUGAAUAGCAUGACCAAGAAGAACGCUUACCCCCUGCCCUUGCCACAAAACCUUAUUGAGAAACUACAAGGUGCUAAGAUCUUUAGUAAAUUUGAUCUUAGGGCAGGCUACAACUUAGUCCGAAUUAAAGAAGGCGAUGAAUGGAAAACCGCUUUCAAAACUAAAUACGGAUUAUUCAAAUACUUGGUUAUGCCUUUUGGAUUGACAAAUGCGCCGGCAGCCUUUCAGGACAUGAUGAACAAAAUAUUCAGAGACCUCUUGGACGUUUAUGUCAUCAUCUACUUGGACAAUAUUCUAGUCUUCUCUCUGAAUGAAAAAGAUCAUGAAGCCCAUGUGCGAGAGGUACUCAAAAGGCUGCAGGAUAAUGACCUUUUUUGCAAUAUUGAGAAAUGCCAUUUCCACGUCAAGAAAAUUGAUUAUCUAGGGUUUAUCAUAUCUGAAUUUGGUAUAGAAGUCAAUCAAUCAAAAGUCACAGACGCCUUAAAUUGGUCAACACCUAAGAAUGUCAAAAACAUCCAAGAAUUCCUAGGAUUUGUGAACUUCUAUAGACGGUUUAUCCCUAAUUUUGGAAAUAUGGCACAACCACUGUACAAUUUGCUCAAGAAAGAUAGUAACUGGAGAUGGGAAUCAGCAGAACAACAAUCUUUUGACAGCCUUAAAAAAUGUCUUACUUCAGCGCCCUUGCUUUUACAACCUGACACCACAAGACAAUUUUAUGUGGAAUGCGACGCAUCGGAUUAUGCCACUGGAGCAAUACUAUCCCAACGCAACUCUGAAGGGAAAUUGGCUCCAGUAGCCUAUCUGUCCAAAUCCUUAUCCCCUGCCGAAAAAAAUUACGAUAUCUUUGACAAGGAAUUGUUGGCAGUCAUUAGGGCAUUUAAAGAAUGGCGCCAUUUGCCUGGAGCACAGAACAGGAAGGCAGACAUCCUCUCAAGACGCUACAAUUUGAUACCCCUUGAAGGGGGGGUAGAGAACCAAGUUCUCUUGAAACCGGAACUUUUCAUUUCAUCCAUUACUCCGGAUCAAGAAAUCAAUGAUCUAAUUGGCGAGGCAAUCUAUGAGGAUAACCGCCUUAGGGAAAUUCUGCAGAAACUCCAGAAUAAGGAAAAAGUCAUAGAUUGGGAAUUGAAAGAGGGCUUACUGUGGUAUCAAGGGAAAAUAUUUGUACCAAAGGACGAAACCAUCAGAAAUCUCAUUUUGGAAUCCAGGCACGACGCAUUAGCCGCAGGUCAUCCAGGACAAGCCAGAACAUUGGAACUUGUCUCCAGAAAUUAUUACUGGCCAUCCCUGAAGAAAUUCGUGAACUCUUACGUCAGUCACUGCGAGACAUGUAUCCGGUCCAAACCUACAAAUCAAGUUCCCACAGGCCUAUUAAAACCAUUACAAAUCCCUGAACGGCCCUGGGAAGAUAUAGCAUACAACAUGAUUGUAGGACUACCAGUUUCAGAAGGCUUUGAUGCUAUCCUUACUGUCAUUGAUCGAUUUUCAAAAAUGGUACACUUUAUCCCCACCCAAUCCACAGCAUCUGCCAUCGACGUUGCCAAUUUAUUCAUCACGUAUGUAUGGAAACUACAUGGUUUACCCAGGAGCACAGUUUCAGACAGGGGCCCCACAUUUAACGCCAAAUUCAUUCGUCAUUUGUAUAAAAGGCUGGACAUUAAGCCAACAUAUUCAACAGCAUAUCAUCCACAAACCGAUGGACAGACGGAACGCAUCCAAAGGGAAGCUGAAAUCUUCAUACAAAUGUUUGGGAAUCAUCGUCAAUCAGACUGGGUGUCACUAUUGCCAUUGGCCAAAUUUGCCUUAAACAAUUUAAAACAAACUUCCACAGGGAAAUCCCCGUUCCAAACAUGUUAUGGCUAUAACCCAAGAUUUACAGUAGGACAAAAGUCAGAUGAAUCAGUCCCAAACGCAGAUGAACAUGCAGAAUUCUUGGAAAAGGGCUAUGAUGAAGUCAAGGCAGCGUUAUCAAUGUCCCAAGAAAGGAUGAAACACUUCUAUGAUCAACGUCACAGAGAAGAAGAAGAAAUUCAAGUAGGGAACAAAGUUUGGCUAAGUCAUCAGAAUAUAUCCACCGACAGACCAUCCAUCAAGCUCAGCCACAAAAAGCUAGGCCCCUACUUGGUAAUUGAAAAAAUUGGAUCACAUGCGUAUAAAUUACAACUACCUCAUACCAUGCGCAUACAUCCAGUCUUUCACAUUAAUCUUCUGACAAAAUUCCAUCCUGACCCUCAUGGACGCGACCCUCCCAACCUGCACCUAUUAUUACAGAAGAAGUGGAAGGGAUACGACGAAGGAAGCAACUCGUGGGAACCAGUGGAUAAUGUGGGUAACGCUCAAGAAGCCAUAGAAGAAUUCCACAUGGAACACCCUGAUGCAGUUGGAGCUUGA